GGGCCCAGAGCUCAGGGAUACACUGGGAAGGACUGAAUGCUGGCAUCCAGAGAGGCCCAGACACCAGAAUCAAACAGAGCUGAUUGGACCCGAAGCCAGCAAACAUCAUGUCGGAAAAACAAAACCAUGACACCUCCUAUCAGACUCAAGCCCAUCUUCCAACGGCCGAGCUACCUGUGAGCUACCUGGACCGCCUUCUGCAGAAGGAUCAGUAUGCUCAGCACCAGAGGUCAUCCACAGAGGUUUUUCUCUUUGCUAUGGUGGACUACCUUACUGACUACAUCCUGGAGAAAGUAAGCGCUGAGGUCAGCAACGGCGGUAUCAUCCCACAAGAUGUGGAGGGAGCAGUGGACAACAACGGCGCGCCCCGCCGCCAAUUGAGGAAUUCAGCCUUCACUCUGUUUGGUGAGAUGCCCGGAGCAAGAAGGAGCGGCUGAAGCCUCCGUCAGGGCCUAGUGGGAAGCCUCAGCCUCAGCCCACGCCCAAGCCCAAAUUUCUCAUAGCUGUAGAAUCCUGGCUUCUGUCAUCAAUAAAUGCUAUUAAAGGAUUCGAAUCCA